AUGUUUGUCGCUUUCAUAAUAGCCCUGGCCUCAAACACCAGGCAACCACGGUACACUAUCCAGGACUACCACAUCCUAGGGAGGGAGUUGCACCUGGAUGUGCUUCGGAACCAAAUUACACGGAAUCUUGGAAUACUUACUAAGGGACUUGCAGCGGAACUUGAUAGGGGCUUAAAGACAUGGUGGGGAACUGAUUCGCAGUGGAAGAACAUCCGCGCCUUCGAUUCAUGCCUGAAAAUUGUCGGUGCUGCUGCCAAUUCUGUUAUAUUUGGGCCAUCGCUAUGUCGUAAUCAUCGAUUCAUCUAUCUUCUAAGCGUACACGCUAUUAUACUUUUUAUUGGCGGCACACUUAUCAACGUCUCGCCAAGACUACUCAAGCCCAUUGUUGGUUUUCCAGUUAAAGUCGCAAGCCGCUACUACUACAACCAAAUUCUAGGACUGUGCCUUCCGCUCGUACAAGAGCGAUUAAACAAGACGGUCGCUUGGAGAGAUGGUCUAGCCGAUGAAUGGUCGCCACCGAGCGAUGGUCUUCAGUGGAUGAUAGAGGAAGCAUUCACGAAGACAGACCCCACUGAAUUAGAUGUUAAGCGCUUGAGUGAGCGUCUUAUUUUCCUUAAUGACGUCUCCAUGCAUACAUCUGCGUUUACGUUGCAAUCACUGCUGCAAAGACUCGCCGCCUCUGAUCCUAGAGAUGAGUACAUUGAAACACUUAGAAAUGAAGCUAGAACCGUGCUUAGCAAGUUUAAUGGAGAGUGGACCCGAGAAGGCGUUCAAAAUCUAGUUCUACUAGAUUCUACUAUUAGGGAGUCUAUCAGACUGUCACCAUUUGUGAUAUUUGGACUUCCUCGUACGGUCGUUGAUCCAAAUGGAGUGUUGGUGAAAGCUCAUGGAUCCGAAUACACUCUCCCCUUUGGCGGCUCUAUAGCGCUGCCGAUUGAGGAUACACAUUAUGACGAACAAGUUUAUCCAAAUGCUAAAACAUUUCAACCGUUUCGCUUUGUGCAUUUGGACGAUGGGGUAACGCCCCUAAAAUCCAUGGGCACUUUGCGAUUGAAAAAGACGGCUGUUACCCUUGAUGAGCACUUCUACGGAUUUGGAUACGGAAAACAUGGGUGCCCAGGCCGAUUUUUUGUUGUCCACGAAAUUAAGCUCAUCAUGGCGAAUAUCUUGCUGAACUACGAUAUUAAACAUAUUCAGUCCCCCACAGAACCAUUCAACAUUAUGUGGUUGAAGUUGCCUAUCAACGAUCCAAUUUUACAAAUUCGCCGGCGAGUGUCAGGAACAGAAAGUAGGGAAGGUAUUUGA